AUGUUUACGUUGUCGUGUGUGAUUCAGUCUUUGUGGUUGUACCUUUUGAAUACGAAUUAAGUAAUAACUAAAGUGUUACGAAUCGAAUUUAAUUAUUAUUUUCAAUCAAUCGUGUAUUAAUCUUUAUAAAAUUAACGACUAAUUUUCAUAGUAUGUUCGGUAAAUUGAUACUUGGAGUGUAUUAUAACGGUGAAAGUUAUUCAAUCUAGUUUCGUGUGUGUGUAAUUAUUUUCCCAUGUAGGUCGUAAUACUGAAGUGUUAUUCGUCAAUUUAUUCGUGUUUCGUGUUAUUUCCACUCGAGUGAGGUGAAAAUUCAAAUCUAAAUCCGCGUGUAUGUCGAAAGUUACCUUAAUUCGGAGUGAAAAAUGAAGUAACCCUGAUUCCAUAUUUAAUCCAUAUCGAUCGAUAUUCUCACCUUUAGACGUAAUUCUACGUAUUAUCAUCGUUGAAAAAGUGAUCUUCGGAUGCCUACGAAGUCAUCGUCGAAACCACCGACGUUAUUUUUCCAAUCGUGAAACGAUGAUAUAAUAACAACUCAAAGAUUACAAUGAGUCUACCGAAUACAUCUUCUACAUCAACGCCUGCAUCUGUAAUGACUUCGACACUUUCGAUCGUCGCUCAGAGCACAUCAGGGCCAGCUCCUUUGCAACCGGAUCAGAUAUUUUUGCAGACCAAAUGGGCCCAGGGGAUAGCCGGAUUUUGCGUCUGGAUCGCAUUAUUUUUAACUUGCCAACAGAUAUAUCAUCACCUUCGAUGGUACACUCAUCCGUCGGAACAACGCUGGAUCGUCAGGAUAUUAUUCUUCGUGCCUAUAUACGCCCUGCACUCGUGGGUCAGCUUGUUGUUUUUCAUGAAAGAAAGCUAUUAUGUGUAUUUCUUCACGGUUCGAGAUUGCUACGAAGCGUUCGUAAUUUACAACUUUUUAAGCCUUUGUUACGAGUAUCUCGGAGGCGAGGGUAACAUCAUGAGCGAAAUCCGCGGAAAACCUAUCAAGUCCAGCCUAAUGUACGGUACUUGUUGUUUGGUUGGCAAAACUUAUACGAUAGAAUUUUUACGAUUUUGCAAGCAGGCCACGUUGCAAUUCUGUCUGGUUAAACCGGCCAUGGCAUUCGUUAUCAUCAUUUUACAAUCAUUCGAUCACUAUCACGACGGAGAUUGGAGCUUGAACGGAGGCUACUUAUAUGUGACGGCUAUUUACAACGUUUCCGUUAGCUUGGCGUUAUACGGUUUGUUUUUGUUUUAUUUCGCCACGAAAGAUCUACUUACGCCGUUCGAUCCGGUGCUGAAAUUCUGCACCAUUAAGAGCGUCAUCUUUUUGUCUUUUUGGCAAGGCGUCCUAUUGGCUGUGUUGGAAAAGAUUCAAGUAAUUAAUCCAAUUAUGGAUGCGACCGGGCAGCCUACUAGCGCUGGUACGGUCUCGGCUGGUUACCAAAAUUUCCUCAUUUGCAUUGAAAUGUUAUUCGCCUCGAUCGCGUUGAGAGCUGCGUUCCCGUAUCAUAUAUACGCGUCUAGUUGCGUUACCGAUUCGUCCGGACGGUCGGUUACUAUGCAGAGCAUUUCUAGUAGUCUUAAGGAAACAAUGAAUCCAAAGGAUAUAAUGACAGAUGCCAUCCAUAAUUUCCAUCCUCAAUAUCAACAAUAUACUCAGUACAGUUCCGGAAACUCGUCCAAAAUGAAGCACAACAUACAAAGAGAGAAAAGCUUCGAAGGCGAAGAUUCGACGCUGAAAAACGACCGAGAGCAGAAACACACGCGAAAAGCAUCCAACCAAAAGGUAGCAACAAUAUCGCACAAUUAUAACGAAAAAACAAUGCUCUUAUCAUCGGACGACGAAUAAUCAAUGUUCCUUUCAUGCGUAAAAAUCCGUUCCAUUUUCACUCCGUAAGUAAUUUCUCUUUCCUUUUUCCUCCUCUACGUACCCCUGUUUACCUUUUAUUGUUACGUUUUUUUUUUUUUUUUUGGUACUAACGAUCGACGAUGUCAGAGAGAGAUGAGGUAUGACCAACGAUCAUCUUUACCCUAACCAUAAUAAGGAUUUGUACGAUUUUUUUCUUUCCUUCUUUUUAUUUUACUCGAUGUCCAAUUUUUUUUUUCGACAAGAAAAAGGUACUUGAAAGCAACGUGACACAUUUUUAGUCCCUUUGUCAAUAUUUUUUUCUAUUCGUCGUACCAUAUUUUGCUUUUUACCCCUCUCUCUCUUCUCUUCGUUUUGUAUAUUUCUGGAUCUCUUCAACAACUCCCUUUCUCAUUAUCUCAAUGUUAAAUAUUACUCUUCUUCCAAUCCGAACGUAAUACCCAACAAAAUCAAGUUGGAAAAUCGUGCUUUACAAAGUUUCAUCUCUACUCGUCGUGCCUGAAAUUUUUAGGUUUGAGGGAAUCGACGUUUGAAAAAUGAAAUGGUACUACAAUAAGUAAGGUUGUUGUCGCGUUAACUUACUUACUAGAAGUGUAAGCAUUCAUUACCAGUUAUUUUAUGUGUAUGUACUAUGAAUCGAUCAAUCGAUGUGUUACAUUAUUAUUCUUCUUCGAUGUGCCAGUGCUAUAAUACUUAUUGAGUUUAUUGAUUAUACUUUUAUUGAUAAUUUCUUAUUUUUUUUCUUUUAUGUUUUUCCAAAAAAUAAAAUGUUAUAUGAUACCUCUACGAAUGUUUAAAAAAAAAUACGUAUUUAAGAUUCUAUUUUCACGCAAUGAUUAUUGUUAGAUUUGUUUUGAUUGUCGCUUAUUACGAAAUACAUGACAUACGUAAUAUGUGUAA